AUGGCAGCGAACCAAACAGAUCUAGAAGCUUUACUCGUGGCCAAUUUCGCGUGUAAAAUUUGCUCACAGAUUCUCUACGACCCAGUUCAAUGUGAGAACAACGAGGAUUAUUUUUGUCGGGGAUGUAUCACGAAGCGUCUGGGAAACUCUGAAACAUGUCCACUUUGUAUGGACCAACUGACGCUCGAAACGCUGCGACCACCGUCUCGUAUUGUUGCAAGUGUUGUAACCCAGUUGAAGAAACCACGUUGCAGUCAUGUUUCUCGAGGUUGUGAGGAGAAUGUUCAAGUUGAAGAGUUGUUGUUACAUGAACAGACGUGUGGUUAUGCUCCGGUUGUUUGCUCGAACGAAGGCUGCAAAGAGACGGUGAACAGACGUGAUAAAGAAAGCCACGAGACGGAAGAAUGCAAGUUUAGAAAGAUAACUUGCGAAUCCUGUGAUGAAGAGAUGAGUUACGGCCUUUAUGAAAAGCAUCUGUGCACUUUAAAAAUCGAAAUGGAUAAAAUGAAAACGCGUUUGGAAAGAGUAACCAGGAUUUUAGAACAAAUCAGUGGUACUCAAGCGACCCUACAAGCAAAGCUGGAAGCCUGCGAGGAUUUUGUCGAAGUGUCUGAAGAAUCCGAGGAAGAAUCAGUGCCUGAUCUCCGCUCUACUACGGUCCCACAAAAAAGCACAAGCCCUCCUACGACAAAGGGGCAAAUUUUUAUCAUUGGCAACAGUAAUAUCUAUUAUGGGGCUGCAAAAUCUUCAUCAAGAUCUCUGGAAGCUUUCGACUGGUCUACAAUGACGUGGACUCUCUAUGAAGGAUGUUUAUUAACACCACGUUGUUGUUCGAUUGUGUUUCUGGAAGGCAAGAAAAUAAUGAUUUACGGUGGGCAACAAAGGACACUUGAAAUCGAAUGCCUUUGCCCAAGUGAAACCGGUUUCACGUCGACUCUUUUCGCCAGCCCAGCAAAUAGUUAUUUAUGCAAUGAAUACAACGGAGUAAAGUGUGGAAACCGAGUCAUCACUUUCCAUCGCGAUGUGGUUGAAACGAAACUCGAGCCCCCGUACAAAUCGAGAACGCUACUCCACGAGUCUUAUACACGACUUGUCUGUUCUGUGGUCAGCCUUGGCAACAGCAUCUAUAUUAUCGGUGGCCAACCUGGUAGAAUGGAACAUUAUGAUGUGGCUGAGAACGAAAUGAAACGUCUCUCUCCCGUGCCGUAUAAAGUAACAAGAAUGGCUUGUGUUGUGUAUGAAGAUAACAUAAUUAUCAUAGGCGGUGAAGAUGACGGCAGACGACCACUGGAUGAUGUUACGAUGUUCAAUAUCACGACUCAGAAGUACAAGAAGUUGCCUUCUAUGUUAGAGAAGAGGGCUGGUUGCGCUGCAGUGAUUAUGGGUGAUACGAUCGUGGUUAUGGGCGGUGGUCGACGAAACAGAAAGAACUGUAUGACUGCCCAGUUGAGAAGUGUCGAGCGUUUUGUGAUCGGAGAAGAUGCCUGGCAUGAACUGCCAGAAAUGAAUGUGGCAAAAGCUUAUGCUACGGCCCUCGUUUAUCAAUGAACGGUUGGAAGACAGAGAAUUAACCUAUAGUUUGCAGCCAGACUUCAUCAUGUGAUAACUGUGUUAUUCUGCUAUAUUAGACUUGCUUUAACUUUUAGAUACAAAUGUUUCUGCUUGUGGUUAUAAGAAGCAUGAUUUGGCUGUGUAGACAUUACGUUAUAUCAUAUCUAGAGUGUAUAAAUUAACCCUUCUACUUGAGUUUAAGAAUGAAUGAACAUGCAGAACACAGUGAACCUAUAGGUUGUCUAGCUUGCUGGAUGAAAGUUUAGAGCGCAUUGCCAAAAAUGAAGAAGACGUUUUGCUAUGAAACGUGUUUUUUUUUUCUGUGGAAUAAUCACUUUUAUCUUGUAGAAACACGAAAGUAUUUCUAAACGACUUUAUAAAUGUGUAUUAAAAG